ACACAGACACACCCAUCCACACACCCAUCCACACACCCAUCCACACACACACAGACACACAGAACACGAUGGCAGACACCACAGCAGCAGCGGCCACUUCCUCACUGAGUGCGCAGGAGCAAGCCCGUAUCCGGCGGGAGCGGCGACAAGCCAAGAUGCGCGAGGGGGGCAGCGUGCGGCUCAACCGCAUCACCGCGACGCAGGGGACCAGUUUCCGACGAGACGAACCCGAGGCGACACCACCGCCGGCACCGACGGUGGAGGGGGAAGGGGAAUCGCACUCCGACCCGCCGGAAGUCGACAUCUCGCUGACGCGGCCGACGCUGUCCUCGCGCCCAUCGAUCCUGCAGCAGCACGCGGCGGCGCACUUCUCGAGCACCGUGUCGCCCGAGGACGAUAUCCGGCAGGCGAUGAUGCUGGACCAGCUGUACCGGCCGCGCGGGUCAUCGUCCAGCAGUCCCAGCGGCACGCCUAGCCUCGACGAGGGGCAGGACCCGCUGAUGCAGUUGCUGCAGCAGAUCUCCGGUGCAGGCGGCGGGCUCGGUGGCAUGCCCGGCAUGCCGCCGGGCAUGGAGAGCAUGAUGAGCGGGAUGAUGGGAGGCAUUGGAGAGGGUGUCCAGGCGGCUGAGCAGAAGGCGGAUCGAUCGGGCGUCUGGUGGUCCAUACUGCAUGCGUUGGGCGCCCUCAUGAUCUCGUUUUGGACGCUGAGGGCCAGUCCGGUGGUGUUUGAUGGAUCCCAGCUGGCGAGGACUGAGAGUGCCGGUCUGACGAGGAGCGAGAAGCCGCAACUAUUCUGGUACUUCGCCCUAAUGGAGCUGCUCCUGCAGUCGACGCGCUUCCUACUGGAGAAGGGCCGCCCGCCACAGGGCAGCCUGCUCACGAAGGUCGCCGGCUUCCUCCCCGCGCCGUUCAGCACGUACCUCUCCACGCUCGCUAGGUACAGCGUCUUCCUGUGGGCGAUACUUGCGGACGCGGGAGUCGUCAUCUUUGCGCUCGGGAUUGCUAGUUGGUGGAACACGGGCGCGGCGCAGGUCGCGGCUCAUGUUCAGUAUUAAAUGGAACGUUGAAAAGAGGUGAUGAAGAUCACGAAUGAAUGGCGUUUUUUAGUUUUGUUUUAGUUUAGUAUCAGUAUGUUUUUGCUGCUGCUGCGCGCUGGCUAAAAUAGUCGCAUGUAUCACGCACUUCACUUCACUGUAACGAAGUCUCUAUCGAAUCGAAUCAUGAAUUUUUUGGAAUGAUUGACGCAGCGGGCUGUUUCGGGUCUGCUACUGUUGGCCGGAGUCGGUACAUACAUAGGCUCGGGACGGG